UUGUGGUUGAUCCCGCUCAUUUUUCGUUAGAUGUUGGCCCUAUAUUCGUUAGAUGUUAGCCGCGCAUAUACAGUACAUAUUACAGUUAUAAACGAUCGCCUUAGCUCAUUUCUGCGCAACAAAUCAGUGCGAUAUCGCGAGGUGUUAAUUUGUUGAUGAUGUGCAUGAACAAAUGUAUCAAAUCAACGUUUGUUCUCGCAAUAGUAGCUCGUGGAUUCGCCAUUCUAUCACAAUGCUAAUAAAAAUCAUACUAAUCUCACGAUUCUUAUUGGGAUCCGCGUACAAUAUUGAUACAAAUCAUCCGUUAUUAUAUCCGAACGAUGCCGUCAACGCGGAUCAGUAUCCGCGCACGAGAUACGAACACAGUUACUUUGGCUAUUCGGUGCUGCUGCAUCGUGACUCGCAAGAAAAUACUUCAUGGCUGGUGAUAGGAGCACCUCGUGGGAAUUAUACGCAAACAUCGCACAGUUCACUGACACGUUUAAAUGAACCUGGUGUAGUUUAUCGGUGCACCUUACCUGGCCCAUGCGUGGAAAUCGAACCGAUUAUCGAGGACAAAGCAAUGUACAUAAGUCAGCGUCUGUCCGGGCACAUAAACAAUGAACAUUCUUGGUUUGGUGGUGCAAUGUCGAUAGAAAAGAGCAGCGGCUUUCUCACGGUAUGCGCACCACGAACGAUCAUGAGCAUUAUACUCGAUUCUAUGUUUGUGUAUGCACAAACCAUGCAAGGCAUGUGUUACAGCGAUCGAGUAUCCUCGAUGACUCUUAAGGCGGAAAUAUCUGAGAUUGUUCAUUUUGAUUACAGUAAAAGUUCAUGGGCCAAUCCAAUCCAUGGUUUCUCCGUGAACUUUGCAUCACUACAAGGUAACGAAACAAUAAGCCGUGUCGUGGGAAGACCAAACGACAAUGUCAACGGUAGCAUCAAUGUGGCACAUUUCACAAGACAAAACUUUCUUGAGACUUAUAGGAACACUACAUCUAUAUCGAUGAACGAUGAUUUAUCGCUAUUUGGCUAUUCGGUAACAUCAGGAUUCUACUUCAAUCGGAAUCAGUCUCUUUAUGCCUGCGCGGAUCCAGGAUGGAAUUAUGUAGGACAGGUCACCAUGAUAGAUUCGAACAAUGAUUCUAUGAUUAGCUAUGUCCGUGGCAGUGACAUCGGCGAGUUCUUUGGCGCGAGUUUGGCUACUGGCGAUUUAAACAGGGACGGUUUGCACGAUCUCGUUGUCGGAGCUCCGCAUUGGGGAAACGAUAACGGCAGAGUUCACGUAUACUUGGGCAGCCUGAAGGGAAAAUUUGAAGCAGCUGCAAUUUUAGAAGGCGCCAGUGAGGAUGCGCAAUUCGGUUACACCGUGGCGAGUGGCGAUUUGGACGGGGAUGGUUUUAGUGAUAUCAUCGUGGGUGCUCCUUGGGAAGAAUCUGGAGUGAUUUAUGUUUAUAACGGCGACGCAAGUUUGAAGGACAGAAUAAAGCCUGUCGUAUCGCAAACGAUCGCGAUGCACUCCAAUUUUCGCCGCAAUUUUCCAGCGGAAGGAGAGAAUAUACGGACGUUUGGAUUUUCGAUAUCCGAGCCAGUUGAUGUAGACGGCAACGGGUAUGCAGACAUUGCCGUAGGUGCGUAUAAAUCAGGACACGUUAUUAUACUUCGAAGUAAACCCGUCGUACGGACAAAUCUAGCCAUUUACACUGUGCCAAACACGUUGGAAAGAAAUGACAGCAACUUUUCUAUCAAAGCUUGUGUCGAGUAUCGUGGUUAUAACAUGGCCAAUAAACAUGCUUUCAAGAUCUCUCUCAUCAUAGACAAAAGAUAUAAACGUACCAAAGAGACUUCAUUAGUAUUGUUCUCGACGGAUCCUCCCGUUGACACGUGUGUGAACGCCAACGUAACACUUUUGAAUAAUACUCAGGAUUUCAUCGAACCAAUUACGAUUUAUGCGUCGCACGAUUUUACGCAUAACGAUUCAUCCGUGGAAAACUUUUGCGAAACAUGUCCAAUUGAAAAACUGGCCAAGUCAAAAAGCGCCCAGAUUUUGCUUCCCUUCGACAUUGAAUGCGGAGAAGACAGAGUUUGCAAUUCCAAUAUAUCGGGAACAGUGAGAUUCAGGGGAGUCAGGGAUAAUAACUGGCUAAUCGGCUCGAACGAUAUCAUUUUGGAAGUAUACUUGGAGAAUCAUGCCGAGCCGGCGUACCUUGCGACAAUCGUAUUCAUCUUCCCGGAUAACGUAGUAUUGCGCAGUAUUUUACCAUUCUGCGAAGAAGAACACACGGAGAGACACAGCUUGAUAGUUAGGUGCAACGUUGCCAAUCCACUCGGAACGAAUAAAAAGAAAGUUGUGAAACUGGAUUUAGAUAUGAAAUAUUUGACCAAUGGCUCGUUACAUGGUCGAGUUCUCGAAUUUUCUACAGAAAUACGAACUCGUAGCGUAAAUCAUGGCACGCAUAUCAUUAAAUCUCCACUCACUUUACAAAGUGAAGCAUCCUUGGUGUUGAACGGAAAAGCGCUCGAGGAAAGUUAUUAUUUGUCUGAUUUGGACAAGGAAGCAUUGAACAUAACUCUUCAACAUACUUACCAGAUAUUGAAAGUUGGUGCAACGCCUAUAGAGAAAGCACAGCUUAUCGUCGACGUACCGACGCUCGUGGACGAGUCGGGUUCUCUGAUAUUUUUGUAUAAACCGCGGAUAUAUAUAGCUGGAGAAUAUUACGACUGCUUUUCCAGCGGAAUAAAUCUGAUAGAUGUAAAAGAGAAUAAAGUACAAGACGAAACAGCAUCGGAUCUAUUCAAUUUACAUGAAUAUAAUUCGAAUAAUAACGAAAUACUGCAUGAGAAUGUGACGCACAGUGCAUUCAGGAGAGACCUAAGUCGUACGAUUUUAAUGGCUCGCAUCUUGGCAACGGUGUAUAAUGGAAAAUUGGAAGAUUCGAACGGCAAUCUGACAACGCGAGAGCAUGAUAUUGCAUAUUUAAAUUGUUCGACGCAUGGUUUGAGUUGUUCGCGAGUGCAUUGCGAUUUGAGUUUUUUGAAGACGCAACAGGACGUCGGCAAGUUAGUACUGAGAUUAAUUCUCAAUGCUACAAAACUCAAAGACAAUUUCGGAUUAUCGGACGAAAUAAAGAUCGUCAAGUACAGUACGGACGCUUAUGUUGAAAUCGUACAACCGGCAAAUAGGAUUUCCAGCGUAGACGCCUGGAGUAACGUGACUCUCACAACGGAAUUUCAUAGGAUUAUGAAAAUGCAAAGAUUGCAAAUGUGGGUCAUGUUUGUGUCGGUCUCCUUAGGUUUAAUAUUGUUGUGUAUCGUCAUUAGCAUAUUAAGUACGGUGGGUUUCUUCAAAAGGAAAACUAAGGAAGAAUUGUCCGCUUUAACGAGCAAGAUGGAGGAGGAAAAUGAACAAAUCGUAAAUAUAUGAUUUAUUAAAAACCCAUGUUAUUUAUUUAUUAACUUACAGUACAUUACUUACAGUAGCUAUAUGCUAUACAAGGAAAUCUUAAUAUAUUUGUAAAAGAUAUACAUUAAGUAAUAGUAUCACUUUGUGUAAUUUCCUUAACAUUCGAUACACAUAUACAUCUUUUUAAAUACAUGUAUUAAUAACUUGG